AUACAUAUAUAAGUUAUGAAGAAUAAAGAUGUGGUUGUUCUUGAAGAAGAGGAAUACCAAUUGCACUUUGAUAUUGAAAAAAAAGUUUGGAAGGUUGUGCAACUUUCUUUGAUAAUAUUUGCAGGAGUACCACAAGUUUCCUAUCUUUUUCUUUCCCUUCCUUCCUUGUUUGGAAUCCUCUCAAACCUUUCCAUCUAUAUCCAUAUCUCUCCACAUUCAUUGCAAAGAAUUGCAAAACCUCCAUUAGAAACUGCCAAGAAAGAUUGCAAAUACUCCAUCAAGGACUGUGAAGAAGAGAGAUCAAUCUAUACAGAGAAAAACUUUAAGAAAAAGAAGAUAUAUAUAUAUAGAGAGAGAGAGAAAGAAAGAAACAUGGAUGAUAGUAUGAGCAUGGGAACUGCAAGGAGUUUUAUGGUGUAUCUCAUGGUUGCUUCCUUCAUAGCAGUGGCAGCCACCUUCUUCAUCUCUGCACCAAAAGUUCCUCAUGAUCAGAUUUUCCUCUCCCACACGGCCUCUGUCCGUGUCUGGCCUAAACUGGAGUUAAGCUGGAGAAGCAUACUGGCUACUGUCAUUGGCUUCUUGGGUUCAGCUUUUGGCACUGUUGGUGGUGUUGGUGGUGGUGGUAUCUUUGUUCCAAUGCUCAAUCUUGUUGUUGGUUUUGAUACUAAGUCUGCCGCUGCUCUCUCUAAAUGUAUGAUAAUGGGGGCAUCUGCAUCCUCUGUUUGGUACAAUCUUAGAGUGUCACACCCUUCAAAGGAAGCUCCAAUCAUUGAUUAUCAUCUCUCAUUGUUGUUCCAACCCAUGUUGAUGCUUGGCAUCACAAUUGGUGUGGAGUUGAGCAUUGUCUUCCCUUACUGGCUCAUCACCAUCCUUAUUAUUAUUCUCUUCUUGGGUACAUCCUCAAGAUCAUUCUUCAAAGCAAUUCAGAUGUGGAAGGAGGAGACAUUGAUCAAGAUGGAGAUUGAAAAACAGGAGCAAGCAAAGUGCAAAGCUAAUGAUCAAGAUGUGGCCAUUGGCUCAGAAUAUGAACCUCUACUUCCUCCACCAGAGAAGUCUCCUCUUGAGAUAUUACUGUUUAACAUUAGGUGGAAAGGUAUCAUGGUGCUCAUGCUUGUCUGGUGCUCCUUUCUUUUUCUCCAAAUCAUCAAGAAUAAUGCAUCAGACUGCAGCACUUUAUACUGGACAGCAAACAUCCUGCAGUUUCCUGUGGCUCUCAGUGUGUUUGGAUGGGAGGCAGCAAAGUUAUGGAAGGAGAGUCACCAGCGUAGACUUCAUGGCAACUGGGAGUGUGUCUGUGAGGCCUCUAUUGAAUGGACACCAUUGCAAUUGCUUUUCUGUGCUUCAGCUGGAUUACUUGGUGGCACUGUUGGUGGUCUUCUUGGCUCUGGUGGUGGCUUUAUACUUGGUCCUCUCCUUCUUGAAAUUGGUGUCAUUCCUCAGGUUGCAAGUGCGACGGCGACAUUUGUGAUGAUGUUCUCGUCGUCGUUAUCUGUCAUUGAGUUCUACUUCCUCAAGAGAUUUCCAAUUCCUUAUGCUCUGUAUCUUACUUUUGUAUCGAUAAUGGCCGGAUUCUGGGGUCAGUUCUUCAUCAGAAAACUUGUGAAAUGGCUCAAAAGAGCAUCGAUCAUCAUCUUCAUUCUCUCCGCCGUCAUUUUCGCCAGUGCUCUUACCAUGGGUGUUGUCGGAGGCGAAAAAAGCAUCCAAAUGAUCAAUAGACAUGAAUACAUGGGAUUUCUCAGCUUCUGCGACCGAUAAAAAUAAAGAACUAGUUUUCUGAAAAUAAAUGAAAAACUAUUUGGAAUGAUGAGUUAGCUUCUUGUUAACCUUCAUCAAAUAGUUGUCACUAUUUUGUUCAAGUGUUUUUUCAUUCACUAAUCAGUGAAUGAUUGAAAACAAUGUGCUAUGCUUUUAUUUGUGGUUUUUAUUGUUCAUUGAUGGUUAAACAAGAGUGUUUGUUUUAUCAUCAAAUGUUAACUUUAAAUCAUUCAACUCUGUUGUUGAAUGAAUCAGAAACUCUCUGGAAACAAAUUGGUAUUCAUACAUUCAUUUUUAUUUUA